AUGACGGCGAGCCGGAAGAAGCAGAAGGUGGCGGAUCCGGUGCCAGCAGCGUUUGCGGAGCGGCUGGCCGAGCUGAGACAACGCGCGGCCGAGCGCGAGCCGGGGUGGCUGGCGCUCCUCGCCGAGGUGAAGAAGGCGGCCGAGCUCUCGGACGAGAGCCUGCACGCCGAGGGCCGCCGCGAGGCGGAGAGGCGGUACGGCUCCGCUUCGGCCGCGCACUUUUGGCCGGAGCCGCCAUCGGUCCGCACCGAGGGAGAGGUUGCCUUCGCGGCCGAGCUGGACGCCAUUUGCGUGGACGUCGGCGACGCAAAGGCCGCUCAGCUCGCGCGCCUGCAGCAAGCCAAGGCGGCGGCCGACAUUGACGCCGUGCGGGAGCUCGGCCGUGGGCUGGGCGCGCUGCACGCUGUGGUCGGCGCCGCGCGCGCCCUCGACCAGCCGGCGAGGGCGCUGCUCACCGAGGACGAGUCCGGCGCGGGCGCGAGCUCCGGGCCAACACUCUCCGGGUCGGCGAGCUCUGAGACGCUCUUUUGCGAGUACGCCAUCAGCGGCAUGGGUGCGCCCGGGCUGCGCUGGUGCGGCGAGGCCGAGGGGCAGCCGCUCUCGGGGCCCUUCCUGCCGAUCGAGUGCGCGGACGGGCUCGGCGAGAGCUACCUGCGAGACCACGACGCCGAGUUCAAGCUCGUGUCGGAGCUCUGCGCGCGCCACCUCGGCGUGACCGCGCCGGGGCAGGUGAACCGCUCGUACCGUGGCCGGCUGACGCUCUGGUCCAAAAAGCCGCUCUGCGCCUCGUGCAGCGGCGUCGUGUACCGCCAGCUCGUCGCCGCGCUGCCAGGAGCGCAGCUCGAGGUGCGCGUGGACGAGGAGCCCGACCAGUCUCCUAGGGACCAGUCGUAG